CGAGAUUCAAACCACAGCUUGGUAAGGAUGGUAGACUGAAUUGACAGGAGCGAAGCCCUUCUUGAUCGUGACUUCCAUGCAUUUGCUAAUAAGAAACUCGCUUGAUGGCAGCUUGUACGUCCUCGAAGUGGAAUCCCCAAAGGAAGCUGUAGCAUCCGUGAUGUCUACUAUACAAAAGUCCACAGGCAUACCUAUCUCGCAGCAGAUGCUGCUGCAUGAGGGCCGUUGGAUGCGACCGUUUGACCUGUCACGACCCUGGAAUGAAGUUUCUCCCCUGAAGAAUGCUGACAGGCUUCUAUCAGAUUACAAUGUCGGACCUGGCGCUGUUAUUGUGCUGGCCUUCCUUGACAUGAAGGAUUGGAGGGCGAGGCAAGAGAGAAAGCUUGCAGCAUAGCAUUGAUGGCGAGGGUUGUGGUGGUAUAGAUAUUCCCCAUGGUAGGGUGGCUUGGUUAUGUUCCAUGUACUUAGGUACGAUGCUGUUCGUUACUACCCCAGGUUGUAUGAAACUCUCUUUGUUGCUCUUAU